AUGGAUAGAAAGUCUGCUAGAAUAAAAGCAGAGUUACAAAGAUAUGGUUGGAGAGUUUCGAAGAAUUUUAAAUAUAGGAAGGGAAGACCCAUAAAAGUCUAUGACAAAUUGUCUGGUCUUCGCUACGAAGUCAAAUCCAAAGUUGUGGUUUACUAUGAGAACAUUGACGCACUCAUGACGAACGAAGAAGGAUACAACAAACUCAUUGAAAUGGGAAUGGUCGGUGAAAAGAUGGGCUGUUUUAAGCUAGAUAAGGUAUUUUCCGAUUUUCAUGUAAUAUCCAAGCGUAAGUACUGGGGCAUACUUGAAGACGGCACAGAAAUAAAACAUUGCAUGAAAUAA